UAGGGUUUGUUCAGAGACUAGUUGGGUUGGUUCAUCAGGUUUCGGUUCACGUGUGGCUCUCUAGCAAAGAUCAGGUUCAACUUGUUUCUUGUGGCGGGGAAUCGGCUAAUCCUCAGAGCGGCAAGUGAUCCGUAUCAGUUUGGGAGACUUUUGAGUGUGGACCUGCUGACCUUCAAGUGACAGAAACCAGGAGCAGAAGAAAGAGUAAACUCAGCAGGAGAAGGACCUUUUUUCCUCACCCUUCGUCUUCCUCCACCUUCCUCUCUGCGCUGCAUCGUCUCCACAGCUUCAGCAGGAUGAAGCUGAAGGAGGACCUGAGCCCCGUGCUGCUGCUGCUCUUCCACUUCGCGGUCUGGAUCUACUCCUUCCUCUCCUUCCUGCCCUCAGUCUUCCUCAGCUGGAUGUCCACGCUCGAUAAUGAUGAUGGUGUUCGCUACGGCUCAGAGGAAGACAGAGCCAAGAGGAUGAAGGCCUGCUCGGAGCCGGGAUGUCCCGAGGGCCCCUAUCGAGCCGUGAGGGCCACAAAGAGACUGGAGGCCACGCUGCGCCCGGGUGUUCAAACCCUGGAUAAGAUGUUCGAGUUCGCAGCCCUGAGGUUUCCACACAGACACUGCCUAGGGACCAGAGAGGUGAUCAGUGAGGAGGACGAGAGGCAGGGCAAUGGGAAGCUGUUCAAGAAGGUGAUUCUGGGAGAGUACCGCUGGCUCUCCUAUCAGGAUGUUUUCUCGGCGGCGUCUCAGCUCGGCAGCGGGUUAGCGUCUCUGGGUCAGCGCCAGAAAAACAACAUCGCCAUCUUCUGUGAGACCCGGGCCGAGUGGAUCGUCGCGGCCCAGGCCUGCUUCAUGCACAACUUCCCCGUGGUCACCAUUUACUCCACACUGGGGGGUGCGGCCAUUGCUCACGGGCUGAAUGAGACUCAUGUGACCCACAUCUUCACCUCCAAGGAGCUCCUGGAGACCAGACUCAAGGCCAUCCUGAUUGAGGUUCCCCAGCUGCAGCACAUCAUCGUGGUGGACGACUCCCCCUCCUCAUGGCCCGGAUAUCCUCGCGGCAUCAGCGUCCACAACAUGGCUGCCGUUCAGGAGCUGGGGGCCCGGCCGGAGAACGCUUCUCGGGAUCGUAAUCCUCCGCUGGCCUCAGAUAUCGCCGUCAUCAUGUACACCAGCGGCUCCACGGGCAUCCCCAAAGGAGUCAUUAUCUCCCAUAGCAACAUCAUCGCCGGCCUCACUGGGAUGGCCGAGCGAAUACCCAACCUGAAUGAGGAGGACACCUACAUCGGCUACCUGCCUCUGGCUCAUGUUCUGGAGCUCAGUGCAGAGUUGGUGGGCAUGGCUCACGGGUGCCGGAUCGGAUACUCGUCGCCUCAGACCCUCUCUGACCAGUCAUCCAAGAUCAAGAAAGGCAGUAAAGGAGACACCAGCGUCCUGCAGCCCACGCUGAUGGCAGCUGUCCCGGAGAUCAUGGAUCGUAUCUAUAAGAACGUGAUGCUGAAGGUGGAGGAGAUGAGCUGUGUGCAGCGGACUCUCUUCAUUCUGGCGUACAACUACAAACUGGAGCAGCUCUCCAAAGGCAACAGCACACCUCUGUGUGACAAGCUGGUGUUCAGGAAAGUUCGCUCUCUGCUGGGAGGUCGGAUACGGGUCUUGUUAUCCGGUGGAGCGCCGCUAUCCGCCGUCACGCAGCGCUUCAUGAACGUGUGUUUCUGCUGCCCGGUGGGUCAGGGCUACGGCCUGACGGAGACCUGCGGGGCGGGAACCAUCAGCCAGCUGUGGGAUUACAGCACUGGGAGAGUGGGAGGACCGCUGGUUUGCUGUGAGUUGAAGCUCAAAGACUGGGUGGAGGGUGGUUAUCGUAGUACCGAUAAGCCAAAUCCACGAGGAGAGAUCCUGGUCGGUGGACCCAACGUCACCAUGGGGUACUACAAGAACGGGUCGAAAAAUGAGGAUUUCUUCGUAGACGAGAGCGGUCAGAGGUGGUUCUGUACGGGAGACAUCGGAGAGUUUCACCAAGACGGGUGCCUCAAGAUCAUUGAUCGUAAGAAAGACCUGGUGAAGCUGCAGGCAGGAGAGUACGUCUCUCUGGGAAAAGUGGAGGCCAUGUUGAAGAACUGUCCUCUGGUCGACAACAUCUGUGCCUACGCCAACAGCGACGAGACGUACGUGAUUGGCUUCGUGGUGCCCAAUCAGAAGCAGCUGCUGACGCUGGUGGAUCAGUACGGGAUCGGAGGGUCCUGUGAGGAUCUGUGCAGCAGUGAGGCUGUGGAGGAGCUGGUGUUAAAGACCCUCACUGAGGCGGCUCUGGAGGCCCAGCUCGAGCGCUUCGAGAUCCCCCGAAAGAUCUGCCUGAGUCCGGAGCCCUGGACUCCUGAGACGGGAUUAGUGACUGACGCAUUCAAGCUCAAACGCCAAGAGCUGAAGACACACUACCAGGACGACAUCGAGAGGAUGUACGGGGGCAAAUAGAGACAAGGAGCGGCAUUGUUCUCCGUCAAAACACAGACCAACACUCGAUCCAAAUGAACACACUGCAAGAGCCACCGUGACCUGAACCGGUGUUAAAGGUCCCCUAUUAUACUGUUUUUCAUCAAUAUAUUACAGGUCUCAGAUACCUGUCUCUGAUUGGCUGAAACACCAAACAGAUCAUUGCAGCAUCCCAUAAUCC